ACUGCGCAUGCGCUAAUGGCGGCGAUGAGGCGAAGCGGCGGCGACUUGUUCGAUCCCAUCCUCCUCGCGGAUAAACGGUUUCACGGAGAAGGUUAUCAGGAAGGUUACAAUGAAGGAGGUCAUUCGGGAGUGAUUGAGGGGCGACGCUUUGGAUCGAUAAACGGUGCCAAGAUUGGAUCAGAGGUUGCAUUUUACAGUGGUUUUGCAUUUACCUGGAAGUGUAUUCUACAAAAUAAUACAGACGCCAAAAGCAGUAAAAANCUAAAGACCCUAGAUUCUCUCCUGGGGAUGGUUGGUAGCUUCCCGUAUGAAGACCCUACGUAUGACAAGUUACAGGAGGACCUGGACAAGAUCAGAUCCAAAUUUAAGCAGGUUUGCUCUUUGCUGAAUGUACAGCCAGCUUUUCAAAAUUCUCCACAAGCUGGAAUGUCCUUUUGAAGUUGAACAGGAUGGCAGGAUUCAGCUCUUCAUGCCUGAGGUCAUCUACUCCAGCACAUGUGGGGGUGGGGGCUGAGAGAAAUCAGAUUGUGUGAGGAGUAGCAACUCGAAUGGUUAAAGCUUGCAAUUUGAUGUUGGGAAAGAAUGUUAAAUCUUCAUCCCUCCAUUUCCUUUAGCAGAAGGACAGUGAAGUCUCCCAGAGUUGGCACAGAAACUGAGGUUAGUGGUGACCUGAUGACCCAGAAGUCAGCCAUUUGUUAGCGUGUGAAAACCCAGAGGGGAUUUCUGUGCACAUGUAUAGUUCCCGCUGACCGGAGAUUGUGCCCAAUUAUAACCCUGGUUAGGAUUUAAAUCAAUCCCCAUUACUAUGUGAUAAUUGAACUUACUUAAACUAACUGUUGUAUUAAGUUUUUUUUUCUUUGGGAAUAUUUAGGGUUGAUUUGGACAUUUUCAAUUGCAGUGAAUAGCAUUGUGUGAAUAAAGCAGCAAUAAAGCAUUUGCUGCACAAGCGCAACCAUCAAAUCUCUUACUAUUUACUGUGCUGAUAAAACUUCUGACCAGUGUUAGUCUGGCCUCGUACGUAGGGAGAUGUCACUUGACCCAAUGUAUUGAAGGGUGAUUGGAAUCUGGGGAACAGUUCCCAUAGUGUGACGGUGAUUUCAGAAACGGGGGGAAUUGGAGGUGAAGUAUUUUUUUGUAUCCAAAGUAAAUUCAAUGCAUUAUCCUUCUUGCCUUCCAAAAGAAACGGUGAUGUACACGUUCAAAUACUGCUGCUCGUUUUUAUUGACAGAAGAAUCUUCUUGUUAAAUAAUGUUUGAAUGGAAUUUAUUUUGCAUGCGUCAUUUCAUUUCAUCAAUAAAAUGUUUACCUUUCCAAUACUUCCGAAAUACCCAGUGGGAGCUUUUCAGUGGCUGGAGCCCUACUUAACCGGCUGCUUUUGCAGCCAAUAAAGAGCUUGAAGAUUGCCGACAGUGGGACACAGAGUCACAAACUGUGCACGUGUACUCGAUGGUGUUGUGCUGAGUAAACCCAGGGAUGAAAUCUCCCGGGCCACUGUUACGAAUAGCGUUGGGAACAAAAACUGACGAUCAUACUUUUUGCACAAUAAAAAAUACCAAAGUUUUAAACU